UCUACACUGAAAACCAUAUACAGCCAUUUUCCUGAAAUUCGAAAACCCCAGAUCUCCCCCCUUCUUCCCCUUUGCUCUCCCAAUCACCACCGCCGCGCAUCCUCAAUUAUCCGGUGGGCAGAUCGCAAUCCUCUCAGAAAUGAGUAACGGCGAACUUCUCCAAAUCGAACCGCUCGAACUUCAGUUCCCAUUCGAGUUAAAGAAACAGAUCUCAUGUUCCAUGCGAUUGUUCAAUAAAACCGAUAACUUCGUGGCUUUCAAGGUGAAGACUACAAAUCCAAAGAAGUAUUGUGUGAGGCCGAACACUGGAGUUGUUGCUCCGCACUCUACUUGUGAUGUUAUAGUUACGAUGCAAGCCCAAAAGGAAGCUCCUCCGGACAUGCAAUGCAGGGAUAAAUUUCUCCUCCAAAGUGUAGUUGUGAGCCCUGGAUCUUCUGCGAAGGAUAUUACUGCUGAAAUGUUCAGCAAAGAUUCAGGGAAUCAGGUUGAUGAAUGUAAGUUGAGGGUUACUUAUGUUCCACCCCAGCAACCACCUUCACCUGUGCGAGAGGGGUCAGAGGAAGGCUCGUCGCCAAGGGCCUCAGUGUCAGACAAUGGGACCGUCAAUCAAACUUUUGAGCUCAACACUAUGUCUAAAGGGUUGUUUGAGCAACAUGAGAGCUCAUUAGAGACUAAGUCGCUGAUUUCAAGGCUGACUGAGGAGAAACGUUCUGCUAUUCAACAAAACAACAAGCUUCAGCAAGAACUGGAGGCGUUGAGGCGGAAAAGCAGUGGGGGCGUCCCGAUCACGUACGUUGUCGUUGUUUGCUUGAUAGGCAUCCUAUUGGGGUACCUCUUGAAGAGAACAUGAUUAAAGGAAGAUUAUCUGGUCGUUGUGCCAAAGCACUUGCUUGCUUGUUCAAAUAUUUAGGAUUUGAAGUGAUGCGUUGCACUGUGCUCAAAUUAGCUGUCUGUUUGACUGUAGAAAAGAUGCCUAAAUUGGUUUGGUGGUUUUUCGUAAUUUGCUAAAAAAAAUUGCAUUCUUUGUCUGGGUAGUUGCUUAACCUUCUCAAUUGAAUCAUGUAACUUAAGCACAUAUUUUCUUUAUAUAAGUUUCUAUUCAGCAGGAUUUCUGUCA